AUGCGCGACGAAUGGGUGCUCGUAUCGACCAAGCCAUACAACGAGACGGCCGAGGGGAGAUUAACGAGCUCUGGCUGUCGGCUCAAGGACUGUUCCUGGCUGGUCGAGCUCGAACCCGGGACAUCACGUCAAUACCUAGAGCGACUGAACGAUCCGCUCCUCGAAUGCGUAUUCGAAACCCUGGACAACGACGUGAGUAUGCUGUUGCGAACUUUUACCUUGCCCAUGAGCCGACAUACCACCCACGGUGCGCCACCAGGACGAUGGCAGCACCUUUCGAAUUUCACGACCUCGAAGCAGUUAUCAAGCUUUGCAAAUCAAGGAGCGCGGUUCUAACCGACCUCCAAGGAUCCCAGUCACAACCCCCUCCUUCGCACUCGACGCGCAAGGUCACCAAGGUGUACGGAUGUAAGACGAAGGGACCACCCGCAAGGUCACCAGGUGCCAGGCAGGACGAUGGCAGCACCGUUCGUGCGUCGAUUGCGAAGGAAGGGGUCCUUUGA